ACUUCUUGAUGGGGUUAGUGAUCUUGUGAUUAUGGUUUAGAGAUUCCUGUUGUUGUUGCUGAUCUGUUUAAACCAUUUGUUCCUUAUAGCCUUAGAUUGUCUUGUGAACUAAUAUGGAGAAUAAUUCUCCAGUUACUGAUUCUAUUAUGAUGAAAUCAUCCUCUACAAGAAGUAUGUCAUCUAAUAGGUCAAGGGCAUCUGGUGGGGGGUCUGUGAGGGAGGUGAAUUUAGGUGAGUUUGGAUCGAAACCUGUGAGAUAUGGGUCGCAGGGUGCUGACUCUGAGGGGUAUGGAACAUCUCAAAAAGAGAUUAGCGAUGAGGAUUCUAGAAUUGUUUAUUUAAGUGAUCCUGAGAGGACAAAUGAGAAGUUUGAAUUUUCGGGGAAUUCAAUUAGGACUGCGAAAUACUCUAUUGUGUCCUUCUUGCCUCGAAACCUGUUCGAGCAGUUCCAUAGAGUGGCAUACAUAUACUUUUUGGUGAUUGCUAUUCUUAAUCAGCUUCCUAUGUUGGCUGUCUUCGGUCGGGGAGCUUCAAUUCUUCCAUUGGCUUUUGUGCUAUUAGUAACAGCAAUUAAGGAUGCCUACGAGGAUUAUAGGCGUCACCGUUCUGAUAGGAUUGAGAAUAACCGGUUGGCAUUAGUGUUGUUGGAUGGUCAGUUUCAAGAGAAAAAAUGGAAGGAGAUAAAGGUGGGUGAAAUCAUCAAAAUUUCAUCAAGUGGUACCAUUCCUUGUGAUAUGGUAUUGCUCUCGACAAGUGAUCCCACUGGGGUUGCCUAUAUCCAGACUAUUAAUUUAGACGGGGAAUCAAAUCUGAAGACACGGUAUGCAAAGCAGGAGACGCAAAUGAAGAUGCCAGAAAAGGACAGUAUUAGUGGGAUGAUCAAAUGUGAGAGACCGAAUAGGAACAUUUAUGGUUUUCAUGCUAAUAUGGAAAUAGAUGGAAAGCGUGUUUCUCUUGGACCUUCAAAUAUAAUCCUCCGUGGCUGUGAGCUCAAGAACACUAGUUGGGCUAUUGGAGUUGCAGUUUAUGCUGGGAGAGAAACUAAAGCUAUGCUCAACAACUCUGGAGCUCCAUCAAAGAGAAGCCGUCUUGAGACCCGAAUGAAUAGGGAGAUCAUUAUCCUCUCUUUCUUCCUUGUUGCAUUAUGUACUCUUGUCUCCAUUUGUGCCGGUGUUUGGUUGAGGCACCACAAGGAUGAGUUAAAUACCAUCCCCUUCUACAGGAAAUUGGACUUCUCAGAAGACGAAAUUGAAGACUACAAUUAUUAUGGCUGGGGACUGGAAAUGGUGUUUACUUUUCUGAUGUCAGUCAUCGUCUACCAGAUUAUGAUCCCUAUAUCACUGUACAUAUCUAUGGAACUUGUUCGUGUUGGUCAGGCCUACUUUAUGAUCCAAGAUAAUCGAAUGUAUGAUGAAACGUCAAAAUCAAGAUUCCAGUGUAGGGCUCUUAACAUAAAUGAGGAUCUGGGCCAAAUUAAAUAUGUUUUCUCUGACAAAACUGGUACCUUAACUGAGAACAAGAUGGAAUUUCAAUGUGCAAGCAUUUGGGGUGUAGAUUAUGGUAGUGGAAAAUCAGACCCUCAAGAAGAAGUAGCUGGAUGCUCUGUUCAAGUAGACGGUCAGGUUUUAAGGCCGAAAACGAAGGUGAAGGUUGAUCCAGUGCUUUUGAAUAUAUCAAAAAAUGGGAAGCAUUCAGAUGAAGGGAAACAUGUUCAUGAUUUUUUCCUUGCAUUAGCUGCUUGCAACACAAUUGUCCCUCUUGCCGUGGAGACAUCUGAUCCGGCUAUGAAGUUGGUAGAUUACCAAGGGGAGUCUCCGGAUGAGCAGGCAUUGGUUUAUGCUGCUGCAGCUUAUGGGUUUAUGCUCAUUGAGAGAACAUCAGGCCAUAUAGUAAUAGAUGUUCAAGGAGAAAGACAAAGGUUCAAUGUACUAGGCUUACAUGAAUUUGACAGUGAUCGGAAGAGGAUGUCAGUAAUAUUAGGCUGCCCUGACAAUACAGUUAAAGUCUUUGUUAAAGGUGCUGAUACAACCAUGUUUGGCAUCAUAGAUAAAUCAUUGAGCUUAAAUGUAGUGCGAGCAACAGAACUGCAUCUACACUCUUAUUCCUCAAUGGGUCUCAGAACCCUUGUAGUGGGGAUGAGAGAAAUGAGUGCUUCUGAAUUUGAGGAAUGGCAGUCUUCUUAUGAGGCAGCAAACACAGCUGUUAUUGGUAGGGCAGCUCUACUUCGAAAAGUAGCUGGCAAUGUAGAAAAGAACCUCACCAUAUUAGGUGCCUCUGGUAUUGAAGAUAAAUUGCAGGAAGGUGUACCAGAAGCUAUUGAGUCCUUAAGAGUGGCUGGCAUUAAAGUUUGGGUUUUGACUGGGGACAAGCAAGAGACUGCAAUUUCAAUUGGCUAUUCCUCGAAACUUUUAACGAACAGUAUGACUCAGAUUGUGAUAAAUAACAAAUCUAAGGAGUCAUGUAAAAGGUCUUUGGAAGCUGCUCUGACUCGGUGUAAGAGUCUAACACCACAUAAUGCUGAGGAAAAUAUUGGAGCUUUAGCAAGUGCAAUUGCUUUAAUCAUUGAUGGAACAAGCCUCGUUUAUGUCCUUGAUGGCGAACUUGAAGAACUGUUAUUCCAGUUGGCCAGUUAUUGUUCUGUUGUACUCUGUUGUCGGGUGGCCCCAUUACAAAAGGCCGGAAUUGUUGCUCUCAUAAAGAACCGCACUGAUGACAUGACACUCGCAAUUGGGGAUGGUGCAAAUGAUGUGUCAAUGAUCCAAAUGGCUGAUGUGGGCAUUGGCAUCAGUGGCCAAGAGGGACGUCAAGCUGUGAUGGCAUCAGAUUUUGCUAUGGGACAAUUCAGAUUCUUGGUCCCUCUUCUGUUGGUACAUGGCCAUUGGAAUUAUCAACGAAUGGGCUACAUGAUAUUAUACAACUUCUACAGAAAUGCUAUCCUUGUUUUCGUCUUAUUCUGGUAUGCUCUCUUUACAGCUUUCACUUUGACCACUGCUCUAACUGACUGGAGCAGCAUGCUAUACUCCAUAAUCUAUACUGCAGUGCCUACAAUAGUUGUUGGGAUUCUCGAUAAGGAUCUAAGUAGAGGGACUCUUAUGAAGUAUCCACAACUCUAUGGUCCUGGACAAAGGCAAGAGAGCUAUAAUAAGAAAUUAUUUUGGGUAACUAUGAUUGACACCUUAUGGCAAAGUAUAGUGGCCUUCUUUGUACCUGUUCUAGCAUACUGGGAAAGUGAGAUUGAUAUCUCAAGCAUUGGAGAUCUAUGGACACUUGCUGUUGUUAUUUUGGUCAAUGUACAUCUAGCAAUGGAUGUGAUUCGUUGGUCUUGGAUUACUCAUGCUGCUAUUUGGGGAUCUAUAGCAGCCACUUUUAUUUGUGUCAUUGCCAUUGACUCGCUGGCAUUUCUACCUGGAUACUGGGCCAUUUUCCAUGCAGCCGGGGAAGCUAAAUUCUGGUUUUGCUUGCUUUCCAUAACAAUUGCUGCACUUGCUCCUCGUUUUGUCGUCAAAGCUGUCAUUCAGCAUGCUAGACCUCGUGAUAUUCAGAUUGCAAGAGAAGGAGAGAAGUUCAGAAAUUUAAGAGACUCUCAGACUGCAGAAAUAGAAAUGAAUCCAAUUGUUGACCCUCCUCAACGAUGAUUGAGCUUUUUUCUCAGUUCUCUUCUCCAUCACUUCUGCUUGUAAAAAGGUUUUUUUUAUAUUCUUUUGGUUACUUUGGAGAUUACCUCCUCGUUGCCGGAUUUUGUUUGUUUUGGUAUCCAAAGGAUAGGAGUAGUUAGUAUUCAGGUCCAUUCUUUGCUAUUCAUGCACAUUAAUUGUACAUUAAAGAACUGUACAAUACUGGUUACAUACCCUCAUGUAACACCAAUUUUAAUCAAUAGAAUGAGCAUACACACUCAA